GCAUCCAAGAUUUUUGUAUAAAAGCGUUGAGUUGAGCGGAAGAAAGUAUCAUUUUCUAUUGGAUUCUACGUCUAGAAGGAAAUUAGCACUUCAAAAUGAAAUUCUUUAUCGUUUUGUGCGCAUUUGUUGCCGCCGCAACUGCUGAUGUCAGCCACUUGUCCAACACCUACUUGCCUCCUACUCAUCAUCAUGCUGCUUCAGCUCCCGCUGUAAGCUACAGUGCUGCUCCUUCUACUUCUUCCUAUCAUGUUGAAGCUGCUUCCGCUCCAGCUGUUUCAUACUCAGCUCCAGCUGUAUCCUACUCAGCUCCAGCUAAGCAAUCUUUCAGCGCUGCUGCUUCUGCUCCAGCUGUAUCUUACUCUGCUCCUGCUCAAUCCUUCCAAUCUGUUGCUGCUUCCGCCCCAGCUGUAUCUUACUCUGCUCCAGCUCCAGUUGCCUCUUACUCUGCUCCCGCUCCUGUAGCCUCUUACUCAGCUCCAGCUGCCUCUUACUCGGCUCCAGCUGCAUCCUACUCUGCUCCU